AUGCCACUGAACGUUUCCAGAUUCAAGAAGCUUCCAGAGCUGGUGAAACUUUUGUCAUUGCUAACAUCGCUAACACUUCUCAUUUACCUCGGAACCAUCAAAUUCAGACCACCAGGAAUGUCCGUUAUAUGGUUCACCAUCGGCUGCUCUAUAGUUUUCGACAUUUGCACCAUUGCAGUUCUCCUCAAAGAAUACGAUUUUUCAAUUAUGGCGAUUCGAAUGUUACCGUAUGCUGCUAUUGAAUGCGUUGGAUCAAUUCUUGCACUCAUUUUCUAUGUCAUCUCGACGGCGAUUUCAAUCAGCAGUGAAGAAGUCACUGAUGAUUUCGGAUUCAUGGUUGUUGCUAUUAUCUGUCUGUUGAGCGCACUGAUCCAUUUAUCCAACCUUGUUGUUAACAUUCGAAGAUGGAAUAAUGGAUCUCAUCAUUUGAAUCCCGCAGGUGUUUACGAAUACUCAAACUACGGAUCUGAAGCUUGA